AUCCCCUGAAGUUGGGGGUGGACAGAAAGCGUUCCUAUUAAGGAGGUGGCCCAACUUGCCCAGAAGGCUCUCGGCUCUCGUCCCAGUGUUCCUGGUGUUACACUUGCUUGAGCUAGCAAGAUGACUACUAUACAACAGGGACGGGUUGUGAUUGUUGGCAGUGGACUCAUUGGAUGCAGCUGGGCCAUGGUGUUUGCUUCUGGUGGUUACCAAGUGAAACUUUAUGAUGUUGUUCAAGAACAGGUAACAAAAGGCCUGAAAAAAAUCAGCGAACAGAUGAAAGAACUUGAAGAGAUAGGAAUGUUGAAAGGAACACUGAAUUCAGAGCAGCAGCUCUCUCUUAUCAGUGGCUGCACAGAUUUAAAAGCAGCAGUAGAGGGCGCUAUUCACAUUCAGGAGUGCACACCUGAAAACUUAGAACUGAAAAAGAAGAUUUUUGGCCAGUUAGAUCUCAUCGUCGGUAACAGCAUUAUUCUAAGUAGCUCAACUUCCUGCCUUUUACCUACAAAAUUGUUCACUGGACUGAAGCAUGUUAAACAGUGUAUAGUGGCGCAUCCUGUAAACCCACCAUAUUAUGUGCCUCUGGUUGAACUGGUUCCCCACCCAGAAACAGACCCUUGUACAGUGGAAAAAACUUACGCUCUGAUGAAGCAGAUUGGACAGUCCCCAGUUAAGCUAACCAAAGAAAUUGAUGGUUUUGUUCUGAACCGUCUCCAGUAUGCAAUCAUUAGUGAAGCAUGGAGGCUUGCAGGUGAUGGAAUCAUCUCUCCUGUGGAUCUAGACCUUGUGAUGUCUGAUGGUUUGGGGAUGCGGUAUGCUUUUAUGGGACCACUGGAAACUAUGCAUCUUAAUGCAGAAGGAAUGCUCAAUUAUUGUGACAGGUACCGUGAAGGGAUGGUGCGUGUCUUGAAAAGCUUUGGGCCAAUACCAGAUUUUGCUGGAGCAACAUUAGAGAAAAUCAAUAUGGCAAUGUGUAAAGAGACUCCAGCUGAUGCAGAGCAUUUGAAUGCCAGAAGGCACUGGCGAGACAACUGCCUGGUGCGCUUGGCAAAGCUGAAAAAGGAAAUAAAAUCCGAUGAUUUGCAUCAUCUUUAAGCCAUGGGAGCAGCCACCAUCAGGCUAGGGAUACCAAUGGGUGCAUCCUUUCCACAGGCAAAAUGAGAAAGAAGGGGUGACGCAACACACCGAACAUAAUUGCAGUGGCAAAAGGCCGGUUGAUCUGUACUGCCGUAGUCAGUUAAUUACGAUUAAUAUAUUUUCAUCUGAAGAUCAGCAGCAGCUUGCUUCUAGAUGUUGUUUUAAAGCCACAUCCUUAGACCUCUUGAAGGCAGAUGCGCAGAUUUCACUAGAACAGCAUAGUGAGUAUAUCUGAUUAAAUUUCAGCUUUAAAUACUUUGAAGCACUGGAAUGAAAUCAAGUUUGCAUUUUAAGUGGUGUCCUGUAUUUUAGACCACGAAUGGGCAGCCACUAUAUAUCCCUAACCGUAGUGAUUUAGAUUUUCCAGCCCUUGGAUUUCUUCUUGGUAUUUUCAUCAUCUUGGAACAUUAGCAUUUAAUACAUUCAUGUAUCUGACAGAGUGGUGUCCAGCUCACAAAAACUUGUGCCACAAUACUUUUGUUAUUGUUCUAAGGUGCCAGAAAAAUCCUGUUAUCUUGGCUGAAACAGACUACCACAGCUACUUGUCUGAUUACAUUAUACCAUUUGUAACUUUGCUUUCAGAUUAAUUGAACCCCAGUCUCUAUUUUGAGGCAUAAAAAUAUGACUGGUGGUUCUUGUGGACUAAAUUCAUCUGUAUUUAUCUUCCUUUGGGCAGGGCAGACCAUCAUACUCCUAUCUAUAAUUAUCAUGAUAUUAAAUGUUUAUGAAAGUAAGUAUAUUUCAUGUACAUUAACAGACCUUACUUUCAAAUAAAUGUGCUUAGCUUCAUAA